GCCAGCCGCUGCGGGGCCCCGCUCCCGAGCCGCGCCGCGCCGUGCGCACAGAGGACGCCGCGGACCCGCCUCUCGGGCGCCCGAGCAUGGCUCCAUCCCCGCCCGCCUCCUUCGUGAGCCCCUUCCCCAGACCGCGCUGCCUGGCCGCCGCCGCCCCGGCGGGGAAAGCCAAGCUGACCCACCCGGGCAAAGCCAUCCUGGCAGGUGGCAUUGCUGGCGGCAUCGAGAUCUGCAUUACAUUCCCUACAGAGUAUGUGAAAACCCAGCUCCAGCUGGAUGAGAAGGCCCAUCCCCCGCGCUACAAAGGCAUCGCGGACUGCGUGAAGGUGACCGUCCGGGACCAUGGAAUCAAAGGCCUUUACCGCGGUCUCAGUUCGUUGGUUUAUGGCUCCAUUCCAAAGGCUGCCGUGAGGUUCGGCAUGUUUGAAUUCCUCAGCAACCACAUGAGAGAUGCGGAGGGGAAGCUGGACAGCAAGCGAGGCCUCCUGGCCGGCCUCGGGGCUGGCGUGGCUGAAGCUGUGGUUGUGGUGUGCCCUAUGGAAACAAUAAAGGUUAAGUUCAUCCAUGACCAGUGUUCCCCACAGCCAAAGUAUCGGGGAUUUUUCCACGGAGUACGGGAGAUCAUCCGGGAACAAGGCCUCAGGGGAACUUACCAAGGUUUAACGGCAACUGUCCUGAAACAGGGUUCGAAUCAAGCCAUUCGCUUUUUCGUCAUGACGGCUCUCAGGAACUGGUACAAAGGGGACAAUCAGAACAAGGUCAUCAACCCCUUCAUCACCGGGCUAUUCGGGGCUGUUGCCGGAGCAGCCAGCGUCUUUGGGAACACCCCACUGGAUGUGGUGAAGACCAGGAUGCAGGGUCUGGAGGCACACAAGUACAAGAGCACCUGGAACUGUGCCUAUCAGAUCAUGAAAUACGAAGGACCCCUUGCGUUUUACAAGGGCACCAUCCCCCGCCUGGGUCGGGUCUGCCUGGACGUGGCCAUCGUGUUCAUCAUCUACGACGAGGUGGUCAAGGUACUCAACAAGGUGUGGAAAACGGACUGAGCACCGGUGGUGGGCGGUGUCGGCGUCUCACCUGCCAGGCAACAGCUGGGAAAAGGCGUGACCACAGAAGGCAUUCUAGGGGGCGGUUCCCCCUCCUCUCUUUACAGCGCCACGGGUGAACAGGACACGGAUCAAGCCCCCCCCCCCCCCCCCCCGGCCUGCUGUUUCCAUAUCAAGCUUCGUAACACUUAUUUAUCGGAACGAACUGUGGAGAAUUUCUUUUUAAAUUAUUGAUUGUACGAUAAUAGGAGCAGGGGGGAUUUGGGCAGGGAGGGGACAGAAAGGUGAGGGAAAGUUUUCAUGUGCCAUUUCUGAGUACGCCGUUUUCUGCCAACUUUGGGGGCUGGGUUGUGGGGAGAAAGAAAACACGCAUGGACACACACACGGCUAGGCCAAUGCAAGCUCCUUUUCCCCGUUUAGAAAAGAAAUGAAUUUAGGAUGGCGAUGUUUUAGUGUUGCUUUUAAUGUUUCGGUAGCACGAUUUCUGCCUCUUCCGCCAAAGGGAAGCCACAUUUCGGUCGUUAGGUCGGAAAGCUCCCCAGUGACUACCGAAAGUGUGCAUCUGGCCAGGCGUUGUGGUCAGCGAACCGGCCAGGGAGGUCCAGGGAGCUGUUGACUUGCUCCAAGAGUCAGCCUCCCAUUCCGAAACACCUGACGGAGCGUGGCAGUGUCAGAAUGAUGGCUCUUCGGUGGCUGGCCAUCCCCUUCUGAUAACAGCGCAGUUGCGGAGUGGCUGCUGCAGGCAGAAAGAUGGGUUGAAAGACAGUGACCAAAAACGUAACGCAGAAUACAUUCCGUGAGUCAUUCCCCAGCAGGUUCCUCUGAUUAGCAUGAAUCAGAAGCAGGUGCGCCUUUUUUUUUAUUUUUUUAGGGGAUCAGACUCUUGUGAGGGGAGCAGAAGCGUUUCCCACAGUGGGAGUGUGACCGGGUGAGGCUUUCCCGGCCUCGACCAUGAAUGCUGGGGGAGCCCUUGCCUGUGGGGCAGGAUCUCACCGCUUGUGGUGGCUUGGCUGGCUGAGAGGGCAGCUUAGGCAACCCCCGUGCAGAGUCAGGCCACCUGAAGGACCCCUGUGUCCUCUGGUUGGCCCUGGCCACUCUGCAGAGCCCUCCCCCCUCCCACUCCCACGGCCAAUGCUCACUUUUGCUACGCUUCUCCCUGUGGCAUUUUGGUUCAUGCGCACUGAGCAUUUUGAGAAUUGCUCCCCCUGCCGGGUCCUCACUGAAGGCCUUUCUGUGUCUGUCCACACAGCUGCUUUCCCCACAGCACAAAUGCAUUCCAUGCAAUUCUCGUGUUUACAUUUUUUUAAUGGAGGGAAGCAAAAUUAGGCCUUAAAAAUGGAGAAAGCGGCCGAGCACCCCCUCCCCAUUUCCGCUUCUUGAUAUCCGCCAGACAAACGAAGGAUCCCCGUAAAGAGUCCCUCCUUCUCUAAUCGUGUUUCGUCUCCCUCUCCUUGGACACUUCCUGCUCUUUUCUUUUGGUUUGAGGGCCAUAACGAACCCAUCCAUAAGACUGAGACUUCGACACUGACUCUUCGUGCUUGUGCCCUGUCGCAAAGGUACAACAACCUUGACUUUUGGGCCCAGGUGCCAAGAGAACUCGCAUGGCGAUUCCAUGACAGAUUUGUGCCAAAUUUUGUACCUUCUUGUCUCUCUUGCUUCAUGUGUGGGUCUCUCUCCCACAUGUUACUUGUGUAGGAACAAGUACAGCCCUCUUGUUGAUUGAGGGAAUGGCCCAUGGGGGGAAUCAAGGCAGAUCUGCUUUGCCCGCUCCCAUAUUUUAAAGUAUCUUUGAGUCACAAAUGAAAUAAAAUGAUAAGCUUAAUGUUAGGAAGUUGGACUGUGCCAAGUCUUCAGCUUGGUAUAUCCACCCAAACUUAGACAACAGAGGUGGGCAACUUUGGGUGGUCUUCGGGCUAAUUUCCGCCCCCUUGCUGCUGCUUCUGGCCCGUGUGGGUGGGCCGAGCUCUUGCAGGCACCAUCGGCGCCACAGCAACCGUAUAAGCGGGCAAACCACUGCAGGGCCCCCAGAAGGCCCAAAGGAGCUCAGUUGUGACUUUUCUAGGACUUUGUGCUGGUAAGCCACUCAUUCCCUGCCUGCCCCAACCCCUGGCCUAUGAGCAUCUUGGCCACAAGCACCAGAUCUUGCUUUUUAAAUUACUGCACCAAAAUUGAGAUCCCAGGCCGUGUCCCUCCGGCAUUUCUUCCCUUCCUCUUCCGUGCCCCAGCCAUGUGUGGUGGUCUGUACCUUCUGUUGCAAGAAGGGUGGGCUCCAGUGGGCAACUGAACAAAGCCCAGCAUCCUUUCUUGUGCUGAUGGUGCAGCAAGCCGAGGCAGAUGCCAGGGGGUUUGGGGCUCGCGCUUGGCCGUUCAAGGAUUUCUUAUCUCGCCCUUGCUCGAGUCAAAUGUUUUUGUUUUUUACUGUCAUACUGUAUGCACUGGCAGCCCUACGCUAGAAUGAUUCUGGGAUUUGCAAACUCUCCAGCCAGAACGCCAAGAAUAAAAACCAAAGUUGCCUGUUUAAUAAA